ACCACAGAUAGAGAGCGAGAGAGAGAGUGAGAGAGACCUGUGGAAGAUUGGAAGAGAAAAAAAAGAAACUGAAGUAAAGAAUUGCUGGGGAAGGCUGAAGAUGGUUUGUGUGUCGUGGCUGUUGACUGUGACGGCAGUGGUGUUUGUGUGCAGCCCCAGGGUCUGGGCUCAGUGCUGGGACCGCCCCUACUGCAAAGAUCUUAGCUCACUGGACAAAAUACUGGAGUGUGUUCACCUGUGCAGGUCUGAGGUCCAGACCAAGUCCCAAGAGCCCAGCUCGGCCGAGCAGCUGUCCACGGAAGAGAGCUUCUCCCUGGGCAUCCUACUGGCUGCCCUGGCCUCUGGCGAGAUGGCCCUGGAACCCGAGCCUCAGUUACGCAGUGAGGAGAGGCGCUCCUACUCCAUGGAGCACUUCCGCUGGGGCAAGCCCGGCGGCCGCAAACGCCGGCCCAUCAAGGUGUUUGCUCUGGAGGGGGGCGAUUCCUCCGAGGGCUUCCCUCUGGAGGCCCGUAGGCAGCUGAACAGCGUGGAGGACGGAGGGCAGGGGAGCCGGGGGAGGGCCAGCCCCAAGGCGCCCUCUCAGCUGGGGCUUCAGGCCAAGAAGGAUACCCCCUACAGGAUGAGUCACUUCCGCUGGGGAACCCCGCCAGCCGUCAAGCGCCACGGGAGCUUUGUGAUGCCAUGGGAGCAAUCCCAUGAGCCUCUGCUCUCGUUGUUGAAGAAUGUCAUCGUCAACAAAGAGCCAUAGUUGGAGGGAGGAUGGAACCAGGAUGGAUGGGGGCGAAGAAUGAGGGAGAGAGGAUGGGAUAUAUGAGAGGAGAGAGGCUACCAUGAUUGUGCAGAUCCUUGACUUAUGGAUAUACAUUUCAUAUAUAAGUCUAAAAUUGUCUUCUAUAGAUUAAGUUUGAAAAGUAAAAAUAAACAAGGGCACUAUGCUUGGGUCAAGUCUAACAUGUUUAAAAAAAUAAAAAUAAAACUUUCUUUUUAAACAUGGGUAUCUUAGAGAACUACUUUGAUUGUUAUUAAUUAAAACAAUAAAAUCCACACAGUCACAAAGUUGAGCUUUAAGAAUAUAGCUUGUGCACCAGGAUUUAACAGCCUUAGCUUG